UUGCUUGCAUACAAUAAUAAAUAUACUUACUUAUCGCUGGUCUGGGGCUCUUGUCAUUACCUAGAGCACCUCGGGAGCGGACACUGUCGAGAUAAUGGAGAAAUACGUGAUUGUAGUGCUCAGUGUUGUGCUAACCUCCACAGUUGUCCAAACGGCCUACAAACCAAACGCGUUAAAACAAUACCGAAAAGACUAUGAGUACAAUCCUAAGACAGAUGCAUUCUACAAACUGCACAUCGAGUCAGCGAGGCAUUGGGAGGUGAAGGACCGGUGUAAGGUGGAGGGAGCGGAACCAAUGGUCCCGAUAUCAGACUUCGAUAUAAUGCAAGUGCACGCCAUGCUGAAGCAGUUCGGUGACAUCGGCAAGUAUGUGUGGGUGGGAGAUGAUGGACUUAGCCAUGAUUCUGCUGAGGAACCCGCUAUUAUUGAUUUGGAUCCCGAAGACGAUGAUAUAGAAGAAACAGGGGAGUGCGAUGUGGUGACGCGUGAUGGUGACAUAGAAACUAUGUACUGCUACCGAGAUCUGCCGUUUAUUUGCAAAGUGGAAGCUAAGGACGCUCCCUAUGACCCACAUUGCAAUGUCUUUGGGAAAGACUACGUACACUACCCAUUAGUGGGCAGUUGCUACAAGAUCCCGAAGAUCGCAUAUUCUUGGAGCGAAGCCUACUCUGAGUGUUUUGCGGAGGGGGCUCAUCUCGUGGUCAUCAACUCCGCGAUGGAACACGAAGCCAUUUGGAACCUUACGAAUACAGGGCCUAAGGUUCCAGGUGCCAGAGCAUCGUACUUCUUCUUUGCUGGCUACAGAGCAGAAAGACCGGUUGGAUUUGAGCCUGUUGAGUUUAGGACUAUAUUUAACCAAACCUUAGACGAAGCUGGCUUCAGCGCGUGGUCGGAAAACGAGCCAAACAACGCCCUUCACAACGAGUACUGUGGCUCCAUCUUCCAGAAUGAUGGCAAACUAAACGAUCUGGACUGCUCCCAUCGUUUCGCAUUCAUUUGUGAAAUAGAAGUCACUUGGUCUCCAUAGGUGACAUAUAAAAGAUGGACUUUAUAAGUGUUAUAUUCAGAAAAAAACUGAAAGGUACAAAAAACUAAGGGCAAGGAGGUUCCAGAUAAAGUUUUAGAUAGAUAUCUGACAGAUAAAGACAUUGAAGUUUAGAAGUCAAAAUUAAAUCCAAAGAAAGUACUCGGAUAUUUAAAACUUUAUCUGGAACCUCUGAAAUUAGUCUGGAGUCUAGAACAAGAGUUUACAAGAGCAUUCGCUUGCAGCGUAUUUGCAAAAUUCUUCAAAUGUAAACCUCUGUUUACAUUACACAAAACACAGCGUUCUUUUGUUUUUCUUUUUAAAAUCUAUUUCUAUCAGGUGGGAAUUUAAUGAUCUUUCACUAGCUUUAUACGUACACUCAAAAGUAACAGUUAGCUAAGUAAAUUAAUGCCGACUAUUCUCAGCCGCUGAAAUAAUGUAAUAAACACUUUUGGAAACUAGAUAACUAAGUUACAGCAAUUGUGAAGAACUUGUUAUUAAUUUAAAGUCUAAGAAUGUUCGAAUGAGUUGCCUGUCGUCAA